UUGACUUCCGCCGUCGAUGUUAAAGCAGUGCUAUCAUGGCGGAGCGCGUUCAGCAGCCCCCAGCCAAACGGCUCUGCUGUAGACCGGGUUAUAACACGAAUUGUAGACAGGGACAACGGGCCGGGGGUACGUUAUGUGGCGGUUCGGGUGCGGCCCAAGGCGGGUCGAGCAAAACCCAGACCCCGGAGUCUCUGUUGGACAUCUCGGCCCGGAAAGUGGCUGAGAAGUGGCCGUUUCAACGGGUAGAGGAGCGCUUCGAACGGAUCCCGGAGCCCGUACAGAGACGGAUCGUUUACUGGUCUUUCCCAAGGAGUGAACGGGAGAUCUGCAUGUAUUCUUCGUUCAGUACAGGGGGAGAGGAGAGUGGAACUAGCGGGGAAAAUAUUGAUGAGACGCGGCUGCCUUUCAGACGAGGCAUCGCUCUGUUGGAGAGCGGCUGUGUGGACAACGUAUUGCAAGUCGGGUUCCACCUCAGCGGAACGGUAACAGAACCGGCCACGCCGUCGGAAUCCGAGCUCGUCUGCAGCGUGAGUGUCAGCUUCGACCGCUGCAAGAUCACCGCGGUCACGUGCAGCUGUGGCAAUAAGGACAUCUUCUACUGCGCGCACGUGGUAGCGCUGGCCCUGUACCGCGUACGGAAGCCCGAGCAGGUCAAGCUGCACCUGCCCAUCUCAGAGACACUGUUCCAGAUGAACAGAGACCAGCUGCAGAAAUUUGUCCAGUACCUGAUAACAGUACACCACACGGAGGUGCUGCCCACUGCUCAGAAACUAGCUGAUGAGAUUCUGUCAACAAACUCUGAGAUCAACCAGGUCCAUGGGGCCCCAGAUCCCACGGCAGGGGCCAGUGUAGAUGAUGAGAACUGUUGGCACCUGGAUGAGGAGCAGGUCCAGGAGCAGGUGAAACUCUUUCUCUCACAGGGAGGAUACCACGGCUCUGGGAAACAACUCAACCUGCUGUUCAGCAAGGUGAGAGAGAUGUUGAAGAUGCGUGACUCCAACGGUGCCAGGAUGUUAACGCUGAUCACAGAACAGUUUAUGGGUGACCCUCGUCUGGCACUGUGGAGACAACAGGGAACCACCAUGACCGACAAAUACAGACAGCUGUGGGAUGAGCUAGGUACCCUGUGGAUGUGUAUUGUGCUGAACCCCCACUGUAAGUCGGAGCAGAAGUGUGUGUGGCUGAGACAGCUUAGACGGUGGAACAGCAUCGAUGUGUGUCCAUGGGAGGACGGAAACCAUGGCAACGAACUACCCAACCUCACACACGCACUACCGCACGGCAACCCAGACUUGUCGUCUCGUCCUCAUAGGACAGUGUUUACGAGGGCCAUUGAGGCCUGCGACCUGCACUGGCAGGACACACAUCUGCAGCGCGUCAUCACACAUGACCUCUGCACACACACACACUGUCCCCACGACAACCACGGCAGUGGAGGGGCACUGUUUGACGCCCGCGGAUGGCCCCUCUGGCACGAGCACGUCCCAACAGCGUGUGCGAGGGUUGAUGCGCUGCGGUCACAUGGUUAUCCCAGGGAAGCCUUGCGAUUGGCCAUUGCUAUUGUCAACACACUCAAACGGCAGCAACAGAAACAACUACAGCUCCUCCGCAACCACAAAAAAGAGCUGCUCCAUAAAGGCAUGACGUCAGUCACUAACAUGGAGGGCUGGGUGGGCCACCCCUUGGACCCUAUUGGCACUCUGUUCAGCACCCUACUGGACACGGGACGGGGAGACGAGGAGGGGGGCAACGCCUUCCUAGACUUCUCAGGCUCUGUGAGUUCAGCCAAAAGGUUGGAGCCCCACCUCUUCCCAGCACAACACUUCCUGGACGAUGGCCAAUCGUUCGUAGCACUGGCUGUAGAGACGGCUCUGAUUGGCUUAGGGCAGCAGAGGGUGAUGCCUGACGGCCUAUAUGCCCAGGAGAAGGUGUGUCGCAACGAAGAGCAGCUAUUGGCCAAGCUCCAGGAAGUGGAACUGAACGAUGCCCUGGUCAAGAUCUUCCGCAAGCAAGCAGUCUUCCUGCUAGAGGCUGGUCCAUACAGUGGUCUAGGAGAGUUGCUCUACAGAGAGAGUGUUCCCAUGCAUACUUUCGCCAAGUAUCUCUUCACCUCCCUACUACCUCACGACGCUGAACUGGCGUACAAAAUUGCACUGAGAGCCAUGAGGUUACCGGUCCUGGAAACCACAGCUCCAUCAGGUGAUCUAUCCAGACCUCACCAUAUAGUAUCUAUGGUCCCUAACCGCUACCCUCGCUGGUUCACUCUAUCUCACAUAGAGUCACAACAAUGUGAACUGGCCUCCACCAUGCUUACCGCAGCCAAAGGCGAUGGGCGUAAGUUAGAAACGGUGUUAGAGUCCAUCCAGAAGAACAUCCACUCCUCGUCUCACAUCUUCAAACUGGCUCAGGAUGCCUUCAAGAUCGCUACUCUGAUGGACAGCCUGCCAGACCUCACACUGCUUAAAGUCUCACUGGAGCUGGGCCUUCAGGUGAUGAGAAUGACUCUGUCCACAUUAAACUGGAGGAGGAGAGAGAUGGUACGGUGGCUGGUCACCUGUGCCACAGAAGUUGGUGUGUAUGCGUUGGACAGCAUCAUGCAGAGUUGGUUCACCCUGUUCACCCCGACCGAGGCCACCAGCAUCGUGGCCACCACCGUCAUGUCCAACACCACCAUCGUCCGGCUGCACCUGGACUGUCACCAGCAGGAGAACCUGGCCUCCUCCGCCCGAACACUGGCCCUGCAGUGUGCCAUGAAGGACCCCCAGAACUGUUCCCUCUCCGCCCUCACCCUCUGUGAGAAGGACCACAUCGCCUUCGAGACGGCCUACCAGAUCGUCCUGGACGCGGCCGUCACGGGGAUGAGCUACACACAGCUCUUUACAAUAGCCAGGUACAUGGAGCACAGAGGAUAUCCCAUGAGGGCUUACAAGCUGGCCACGCUAGCCAUGGCCCACCUUAACCUCAGCUACAACCAGGACACCCACCCGGCUAUCAAUGACGUGCUGUGGGCCUGUGCUCUGAGUCACUCUCUGGGAAAGAAUGAGCUGGCUGCCGUCAUUCCCCUGGUGGUGAAAAGUGUGAAGUGCGCCACUGUGCUGUCAGACAUUUUGAGACGGUGCACAUUGACCACGCCGGGCAUGGUGGCGCUGCACAGCCGCAGGAACUCUGGGAAGCUGAUGUCGCUGGACAAGGCUCCACUCAGGCAACUGCUGGACGCCACCAUCGGAGCCUACAUCAACACCACGCACUCUCGCCUCACGCACAUCAGCCCGCGCCACUACAGCGAGUUUAUAGAGUUCCUCAGUAAGGCCAGAGAGACGUUCCUCAUGGCCCAGGACGGACACAUCCAGUUUACCCAGUUCAUAGACAACCUUAAACAGAUCUACAAGGGCAAGAAGAAACUCAUGAUGCUCGUACGGGAGAGGUUCGGUUGACGAAGACUAAACUUAAAAACUAUUGUGAUUGGUCGAUGGAUGUAUGGAGAUUGAGAGCGAUCACGCCCCCUUUUACUUGAUUCUGCGUUUGUUUCCCUUUUAACUGAAAAAGUGAAAGAAAAACCUGAAAACAACAAAAGGCCACAUCGGUAUUAAUGUGUAUAGACCCUAUUUAGUUCACAAGCAAACAAAAAAGAAAAUUGUCAUGUUGUGGAAGUGUGUGUGUGUGUGUGUGUGUCCCUUUAUGUAUAAAGACAGUGUGAAAGAGUGUAAGAGAGAGAGAGAGAGAGAACUAAAGAGACAAAUCAAAUCUUUUUCCACUGAGUAUAUGUUGUCCAGUGGCGAGAUGUCCACAUAGCACUCCUGUCCCCCUCUGUUAAAUGCUCACAGCUCAUAGACAAUGAGACAAACAAGGCUUAAAACCAAACAGAGCAACUCCAUCAGACGUGACCAGUACCUCGUACGGACCCAGCUUUAUUUCCCCCCUUAUCCUUAGCCCUUCCUCACCCACUCAGUGUAGUCAGUGUGUGUUAACAGUUAAAUAACAACACAAACAGUUCACUAUCCAGUUCAGUCCACAAUUUAUUGUUUUAUUUCUCUUUAGUAAGAGAGAUCACCAACAUCAGGCUGGCUGUGGCUUUAGUAACAGGGAUCACCAACAUCAGGCUGGCUGUGGCUUUAGUAACAGGGAUCACCAACAUCAGGCUGGCUGUGGCUUUAGUAACAGGGAUCACCAACUCCAGGCUGACUGUGGCUUUAGUAACAGGGAUCACCAACUCCAGGCUGACUGUGGCUUUAGUAACAGGGAUCACCAACUCCAGGCUGGCUGUGGCUUUAGUAACAGGGAUCACCAACUCCAGGCUGACUGUCUGCUGUGGCUUUAGUAACAGGGAUCAUCAACUCCAGGCUGACUGUGGCUUUAGUAACAGGGAUCACCAACUCCAGGCUGGCUGUGGCUUUAGUAACAGGGAUCACCAACUCCAGGCUGACUGUGGCUUUAGUAACAGGGAUCACCAACUCCAGGCUGGCUGUGGCUUUAGUAACAGGGAUCACCAACUCCAGGCUGACUGUGGCUUUAGUAACAGGGAUCACCAACUCCAGGCUGACUGUGGCUUUAGUAACAGGGAUCAUCAACUCCAGGCUGGCUGUGGCUUUAGUAACAGAGAUCACCAACUCCAGGCUGACUGUGGCUUUAGUAACAGGGAUCAUCAACUCCAGGCUGGCUGUGGCUUUAGUAACAGAGAUCACCAACUCCAGGCUGACUGUGGCUUUAGUAACAGAGAUCAUCAACUCCAGGCUGACUGUCUGCUGUGGCUUUAGUAACAGGGAUCAUCAACUCCAGGCUGACUGUCUGCUGUGGCUUUAGUAACAGGGAUCAUCAACUCCAGGCUGACUGUCUGCUGUGGCUUUAGUAACAGAGAUCAUCAACUCCAGGCUGACUGUCUGCUGUGGCUUUAGUAACAGGGAUCACCAACUCCAGGCUGACUGUCUGCUGUGGCUUUAGUAACAGGGAUCAUCAACUCCAGGCUGGCUGUGGCUUUAGUAACAGAGAUCAUCAACUCCAGGCUGACUGUCUGCUGUGGCUUUAGUAACAGAGAUCAUCAACUCCAGGCUGACUGUCUGCUGUGGCAUUAGUAACAGGGAUCAUCAACUCCAGGCUGACUGUCUGCUGUGGCUUUAGUAACAGGGAUCACCAACUCCAGGCUGACUGUCUGCUGUGGCUUUAGUAACAGGGAUCACCAACUCCAGGCUGACUGUCUGCUGUGGCUUUAGUAACAGGGAUCACCAACUCCAGGCUGACUGUCUGCUGUGGCUUUAGUAACAGGGAUCAUCAACUCCAGGCUGACUGUCUGCUGUGGCUUUAGUAACAGGGAUCAUCAACUCCAGGCUGGCUGUGGCUUUAGUAACAGAGAUCAUCAACUCCAGGCUGACUGUCUGCUGUGGCUUUAGUAACAGGGAUCAUCAACUCCAGGCUGGCUGUGGCUUUAGUAACAGAGAUCAUCAACUCCAGGCUGACUGUCUGCUGUGGCUUUAGUAACAGGGAUCAUCAACUCCAGGCUGGCUGUGGCUUUAGUAACAGGGAUCAUCAACUCCAGGCUGACUGUCUGCUGUGACUUUAGUAACAGAGAUCAUCAACUCCAGGCUGACUGUCUGCUGUGGCAUUAGUAACAGAGAUCAUCAACUCCAGGCUGACUGUCUGCUGUGGCUUUAGUAACAGAGAUCAUCAACUCCAGGCUGACUGUCUGCUGUGGCUUUAGUAACAGAGAUCAUCAACUCCAGGCUGACUGUCUGCUGUGGCAUUAGUAACAGGGAUCAUCAACUCCAGGCUGACUGUCUGCUGUGGCUUUAGUAACAGAGAUCAUCAACUCCAGGCUGACUGUCUGCUGUGGCAUUAGUAACAGGGAUCAUCAACUCCAGGCUGACUGUCUGCUGUGGCUUUGCAGUGUUGUUUACCCUGGUGCUUUAGACACGUGCAGAAACACACACACACACACACACACACACGCGCAUAGAAACACAUAGUAACGGACACACUCAGAAACUCAUGCAGUUGCAGAAACAACCUGUAAACACACACUUGCAGAAAAACACAAUUAUACUGUCAUAGUGCUUGCGCUUGUGGAAACUUAGCAACUGUCAACAUACAUUCUCAGGGAUUUCUCAACAAAAAAAGCAAAGGAAAAUAAAAAAGAGAGAAUGAGAGCAUUUUAUUGUACUGUAUAUAUAAUAGUAUAUGUCUGAAUAUUGAAAACAAAUGUAUACGUUAACUAAUUUAUUAAAUCAUAUUCUAUGUAAUGCAAAAUACUUGAAGCUGCAGUACCAUGGUUUUUAUAACCAAAACAUAUCAGAAGGACUUUUAAAACGUGUCGCGUUGCGUCAUCAGGGGCCAGGACAAAGGUCAAAGGUUAGGGGUCUUUCUCAGUAGGACUGUUAGCUGGGCGACCCCAGAGAGACAGACAGACUGACAUCCACUGGACUGCUUGACAGGAACCGGCUGUUUGCAAAAAAGGACAUGGAUGUUGUAUUUAGUAUGGACCAGCAAAAUAUAUUAAUCCUCCAGUUGAACACAGUUGUAUUGGGCACCGUGGUAUAAGAGGAGAGAAAGAGAGAGAAACUGCCCAGGAGCCCGAUCAGUAAUGCCGUAGCAUUACAAAUGGAGAACUCCGGCCCAGUGCCUACGAAGCCGUGAAAAAAUCCCUGACUCUUUACUAAUAAUUAGCAUAGUAAUACGCUGUGGUGAAAUUUGGUUUGUUCACGCAUCAUGUCUCCUUCCACAGUGUUCAAGUCACAAAAAAUAAUCUACAUUAUAUGCAGAACAACCAAUUAAAACAUGUACUUGCCUCUACAACGAACCCACAACACGCCUCUACAACGAACCCACAACACGCCUCUUCUGUCGACUCCUUGACUUUGUGCAGGACAGAAAGUUGCUAUGUUGGUCUUGACUGUUUUGUUUUGUUACGCUUUUUUAUAUGUUUCUCCUUUUUUAACUUUUGAGUUCUCUCUCUAGAAUUAUUCAAUGAGAACAGCCUUCUUUCUUGCCUUGUCUUAACGCUUUAAAACAACCAAACGGGAGUUCUGACUACCAAACUUUGUUCAUUGAAAUGAAAAAGCCAACCAACUUUGGUUACAACUUUUAGUGUCUUUCAUUUUUAGCUGAAUGGUUCUGUGUUCUGUGCUUUAAAAAGCCCUCUGUUUGUUUUUGGAGUCAGAAACAUUGUCUAGUGUCUCUUGUCCCCUCCUCCCCUAGAGGUUUGUCCAUAGGUCCUUUGUCCAAAGACAAAUAUCAUUCAUGUUCCAUUUUAUUUAUUAUGAUAGGUAAACGAUUGUACUUCUUCAACCGUGUCAACAUUGCUCAUGUGUUAAAAUUCAGAUUUGAUACACCAAUAUCAAUUUAUUUAUGUAACUAAAUCACUGUUUUUUAAACUUGUUAAUGAUUGAACUUUUUUGUUUUAAUUAAAAUUCGUUUUUUGAGAGGA